CCUUUAUUCCUUCACCAUAGUCCAUAGCGAUGAACCCUCCCUAAGGGCCUUCGAUUUAUUCUCUACGAAGAACCCUCGCCGCUGCUUAGCCUGCGAUUGUCACACCAUCGACAACUCUCCAUCAUCUGGGAAGAACAACACCGACAUCAAUAAGCUUUACCCGUUCUCUUCCUUCGUAUGAACCCUAGCCACCAGACCCAUUCGUGUGUGCGUAGAACCCUAAGACUUCGAACGAUUUUCUUUCCAAACAUGAUCCCUCUUCCUUCUUACGUAGUACCCUAACUCCCUACCUCUUCAAUUCGUUCCUUCCCGAUAUAUGGACACACCUGAUCGACUUGGAAAGCUCUGCGAGGCUCAGGGGUUCGAGCGCGUGUACUGGUCGGGGUUGUUGUAGAACAGAGUAUCCUUGGAGUCUGCUUUGUUAUAACCACCCACGUCCUCAAUGAUGCCAGCCAACAUGGCUUAACCUUUGCCAUAUGAGGAUAACAUUUUUUUUUCAAAAAUAACUUAGAGGUUCAAACAUGGAUAUCAACUCCUUUGCCGCUCUGAAGAAGCAAAAAGCGAAGGGCCAGGGGAAAAAGGAGUCGGGCAAGCAGAAGCCCGUCGGCGACUUUUUCAAAAAGGGUGGUGAGCCCUCGGCUGCCCCCUCUGAUGCUGCUGCCAAGAGGAAGGCAACAGACAAGGGUCCAGCCCCCAAAGGGAAGAGGCCCCAAAAGGGGGAUGCCGGGAAGAAGGCUCCCCCGGUCGUGAUCGUGGAUGAACACUCCACCUCUGAGCCACAGGUUGUGGUGCAACGGCUCCAUCGGAUCUUCCUUCGGAAGUGUUCCCUCAGGAGACCCUACAGCUCUCCCUCGUGAAGGGGACCGCCGUGAUGCACGACACAGUGGAGCCGAAGGGAUUUCUGAAGGGUAUUACUUCAGAGAUGGACAGGGCUGCCCUCGGAACCUACGAUGAUGAUGCCCUUCAGAACAAGAUCCUCCGGGCUUCUCUCACUGCUUGCAUAGCCCUCGGUGAGCAGGCCCGGAGGUUUGAUGAAUGGCGCCUUCAGAAGGCCCAACAGGAUGAGUCCCUGAAGAAGCUCAUCCACGAUAACGCUGAUGCCGUCAGGCAGAUGAUGAAUUUGGAGGAAGAACUUCGGCAGGCGAAGGCCGAAGCUGAGAGAGCCAGGGCCGAGGGCAAGGCCAAAGCUGAGAAGGCUGCUGCUGAGGCUGCCCAGAAAGCCCUCGAGGAGGCCGAGGCUGUCAAGGCGGAAGCCGUCGCCAAGGCUCGGGAGGACGCCAUUGCUGUUUUUCUUCUGGAGGGGUGGAAAGCUGAAGGCCAUAAGGACUGGGUGGCUUCGGUGUUGGAGGCGUCCGCAGAUGAGUGGGUGAAAGGCCCCGGGGCGAUGUGGCUAGCCUGGAAGGGUGAGGACUAUUACGCUGGGGGGAGUUCUUCACUCAGGCCCUCAUCUACCGGAGGCUCGCCCGGCACUUCGGGGUGGACCAAAAGGACUUUGAUCCUUCGUCCUAUGGUUUUCCCCCCUUCAACCUGACGUCAGAAUUCUCCUCCCCCUGGAUGUUCAGAGACCGGAUUUGGAGGAUUCGGUGCUGAUGCAGGGGGUACAAGAUGACGAGGAGCCCGGAGAGGAUGUCUCUUCCAAGCCUGCCGAAGAGGUGGCUGCUGAGGCUGUCGUUUGAUUUGUACUUAGACAAUCUUUUGAACAAUAUUCUGUAAUAUACAUUAUGUAACCUUCGGCUUCGGCCCUUUGUUGUAAUUUAAACAUAUUACUCUUUUAUUUUUGUGAAUGAAUGUAUGGAUGCCUUCGGGCUCUCGAUAUAUGAAUCUAUCUCUUUCUCCCCUUGUGAUGAAUGAAUGCCUUCGUUUUCCUUUA